CGCGUGAAAAGGGAUGAGUGGCCACAAAUGCAAAGGCAUGGAAUGAAUGAGCUCUCUCCUGGGACUCUGUCUUUUUGCUCAGGGUUGCAGGUUUCCCCCUCCACCACCGCCCCUGCGUCAGAUGAUGCUCGCGGUCUGUGCCUAUAAAAGAUGCCGGUGUGACAACCCGACCGGCACUCUCCUUCUCUCUUUCUGUCUUCCCACAUCCACACACUUCACUCACUCGGUCUGUGAUCUUGAGCAUUUCAGCAUGAGUUAUUCCGGCGACAUGUACACGAGCAGCUCAUACAGGAAGAUUUUUGGAGAUGCGCCACGGCGCGUCCCCGUGGGCAGCAGCCCGUCCCGGGUGAGCUACCGCUCCGCUCCCCAGCAGCAGCACCACCGCACCUACGGCUCUCCAUCCCCCAUGAUCACAUCCUCAAGUUACCGGACCAAACUCGGAUCCGGCCGCGGCGUUGGCUACCAGACGGAUACCGUAGACCUGACGCAGACCACCGCCGUCACCAACGAGCUGAAGAUCAUCCGCACCAACGAGAAGGAGCAGCUGCAGGGCCUGAACGACCGCUUCGUGACGUUCAUCGAGAAGGUGCACAACCUCGAGCAGCACAACAAAGUUCUGGAGGCGGAGGUCGCGCUUCUGCGCCAGCGCCACAACGAGCCGUCGCGCCUGCACGACCUCUACGAGCAGGAGAUCCGCGAGCUGCGCGGCCGUGUCGAGGAGAUGACACACGAGAAGAGCCAGAUGCACCUGGAUUGCGUGCAGAUGAACGAGGCGCUCGAGCGCGUCAAGGAGAAGCUGGACGAGGAGACCCGGCUGCGGGAGGAGGCCGAGAACAGCCUGAAGGGAUACCGCAAGGACGUGGAUGACGCCACGCUGUCCCGCCUGGAGCUGGAGAAGAAAGUUGAGUCCCUGCUGGAUGAGAUCGCGUUCCUCAGGAAAGUGCACGAGGAGGAACUGCAGGAGUUACAGGCGUCAAUUCAGGCCACCCAGGUGUCUGUCGAGAUGGACGUCAGUAAGCCUGACCUUGCCGUGGCCCUGAAGGACAUCCGUGCCCAGUACGAGACUCUGUCUUCCCGGAACCAGCAGCAGGCAGAGGAAUGGUACCGCUCCAAGUUUGUCACCGUGACGGAGGCGGCGGCGCGCAACAACGAUGCUCUGAAGCAGACCAAAGAUGAGCUGUCCGAGUACCGUCGACAGCUGCAGUCCCGCACCCUGGAGAUCGAGUCCCUGAAAGCCCAUAAUGAGUCCUUAGAGAGACAGCUGGGUGAGAUGGAGGACCGCCACAACAACGAGAUCGGCGAGAUGCAGGACACCAUUCAGGAGCUGGAAUCUGCUCUUCGGAGCACAAAAGGUGAGAUGUCCCGCCACCUGCGGGAAUACCAGGACCUGCUGAAUGUCAAGAUGGCACUGGACAUUGAGAUCGCAGCCUACAGGAAGCUGCUGGAAGGUGAGGAAUGCCGUCUGAGCUCUGUGAGCGGAGCCAUGUUGCAGUCCGCCUACUCUUAUCCAUCGAGCCGCACUUAUGCCCUGAGCUCCUACAGGAGGAGCGUAGCCAAACCUGAGACAGAGGAAGAGGAAGAGCAGGAAGAGGAGGUGGAGGAGGAGGAGAAGGAAGAAGGAGAGGAGGAGGAGGGAGCAGAGGAAGGAGAGGAGGCCGAGGAAGGAGAAGAACAGGAAGAAGGAGGCGAUGAGGAGGAGGAGGAAGAGGAGGAGGAUAAGAAGGAAAAGGAGGAUGAGAAGAAGGAAAAGGAAGAAAAGAAGAGUCCAAAGGAGAACGAGAAGGAGAAAGAGAAAGAAAAGGAGAAAGAGAAGGAAAAGGAGAAGAAGAGCGAUAGCAAGGCAGAUAGCAAGAGUGAAAAGGGGGACAGUAACAAAGGCGAAAAGGCCGCUCCGGUUAAGAGCAAGUAAAGCUGCGUAUCAUCACUGCUUCCGCCACAUCCGUCUGGACACAUCCCUCCAUGUCCCCA